AUGCCUGCAGAAAGAGAGGAUGAGAUUUGUCGAAAGGCGCUGGAGCUGCUCACCGACCUGUGCUCCAAGGGGGAGGUGCAGGACGACCACUGCCUGGAUUUCAUCUACUACUUCAGGGACCUGGCCAGACCGCGCUACACGGACUCAGAUGUAUCGGUGAGCCUGUUGUCCCUGCUGGUGACCACCUGUGGUCUGGCUCUAUUCAGUGUCUCCCUCUUUGUCUCAUGGAAGUUAUGCUGGGUGCCACUGAGUGGCCGCUUCCUCCCAGAUGUCCUCAAGGGGGCGCACUUCCUGGGAGGAGACCAACAGCCCCUGCUGUUGAUGUCUACCAUACAGGUGGACGGGGACGAAAGGGAGUACAGCGAGGAUGGCUGUGUGAAGGAGCCUUCAGGACCCCUCUCAGCUGUGGCUGUUCCAGAGUCAGGCCUAAAGAUAAGCCACACGUCGCCUGACAUCCCACUGGAGACCCAGACCAAAGUGGAGAGAAACCAGUUCCACACUCUGGCCAGGGACAGGGUCCAGAGACAGAUUACUGAGCCAACUUCGUCUGUACGGCACAACUCCAUCCGACGUCAGAUGAACUUGUCCAAUCCGGACUUCCACCCUGCUCAGUUCCAGCGCCAAGAGUCACUGUCUGGUUUGGGCCGAAUCAAACCAGAACUCUACAAGCAGCGAUCCCUGGACGCAGAAGAUGGCCGUCGCCCCGACGGCUGUGGCCGUCUCCUCUUCGUCCUGAAGUUUGACUUUGACCUGGAGCAGCUGAUUGUGAAGAUCCACAAGGCCCAGGACCUUCCCGCCAAGGACUUCUCAGGGACCUCCGAUCCUUACGUCAAAAUCUACCUGCUGCCUGACCGCAAAACCAAGCACCAGACCAAGGUGCACCGCAAGACACUCAACCCGGUGUUCGAUGAGGUGUUUCUAUUUCCUGUGGCGUACACCGAGCUGUCGAGCCGCAAGCUGCACUUCAGCGUCUACGACUUUGACAGGUUCUCUCGCCAUGACUUGAUUGGCCAAGUGGUGGUGGACAACUUUCUGGAUCUUGCUGACUUUCCACGGGAGACUAAACUGUGCCGGGACGUACAAUACGUGACCUCGGACAAUGUGGACCUAGGAGAGCUGAUGUUCUCAUUGUGCUAUCUCCCCACGGCUGGCAGGCUCACCAUCACCAUGAUCAAAGCCAGAAAUCUCAAAGCCAUGGACAUCACAGGAGCUUCAGAUCCGUAUGUGAAAGUGUCCCUGAUGUGUGAAGGCCGCAGGCUAAAGAAGAGGAAGACGUCAACCAAGCGCAACACUCUGAACCCUGUGUACAAUGAAGCCAUUGUGUUUGAUGUUCCCCCUGAGAACAUCGACCAGAUCAGCCUGCUCAUAGCUGUCAUGGACUAUGAUCGGGUCGGACAUAAUGAAGUGAUCGGGGUGUGCAGGGUGGGCAACGAGGCGGAGAGCCUCGGGCGAGACCACUGGAACGAGAUGCUGACAUACCCACGGAAACCCAUUGCCCACUGGCACCCACUCAUAGAGUGGGUCGGACAGGGAGCGGCGGGGAGUGCGAGCCAAGGAGGAUCCACCAAUUCACUGAAGACCCCACCAUCGCCAUGA